GGCCUCUCUGCGCAUGCUCCGCCUCGGGGCUUCCACCUAGUUUUUUCUCGCUGGGGUGAGGAUCGGGCGUCCGGACGGAAGCUGAUGCUCCGGUCCGGAAUCAUGGCUGUUCCCGUUCGAGUCGUUUAUUGUGGCGCUUGAGGCUACAAGUCCAAGUAUCUUCAGCUUAAGAAGAAGUUAGAAGAUGAGUUCCCUGGACGCCUGGACAUCUGCGGCGAGGGGACGCCCCAGGUCACCGGUUUCUUUGAAGUGUUGGUAGCGGGGAAGUUGGUUCACUCCAAGAAGGGAGGCGAUGGCUAUGUGGACACGGAGAGCAAGUUUCUGAAGCUGGUGGCCGCCAUCAAAGCCGCUUUGGCUCAGGCCUGAUGGGCCCUGAAGGCAGAGUCUGAAGCCCCCUCCCCCCCUCUCUCUGCGCAGGCCAGUGACCUUGGCCCAGCCCCUCUCGGCAGACGCUUCAUGACAGGAAGGACUGAAAUGUCUCGUCGACGCCUGGUCCUUCCCUGAUGUUCUCACGGCUGCCGGUUGGGGUAGAGAUGGGCACCGCUGGCCUUUGCCUGUGUGUGGGGGGGAGUGUGUGUGUGUCCCCAGCAGUCUAACUUCGCG